CGGUCCUUCUACUCGAUCAAUAAGUCAAACAGUUGUUUUGGAGAGAGAGAGAACUCAAAUCAAUUCAUCAAUGGAGGUUGAAGAAACAAAUUCACCUCUAUUACUAACAACUGAUGAAUUGAAAGAAGAAUAUGGUGGUGAUCUUCUUGAAAAAAUAUGGAUAGAAUCAAAAAAGAUAUGGCACAUUGCAGGUCCAGCAAUUUUCAGUCGUUUUGCGAUGUUUUCAAUCACAGUCAUAACUCAAGCAUUUGCUGGUCAUCUAAGUGAUAUUGACUUAAUUUCCAUCACUAUUGUAACCCUUUUCAUCAUCACCAUUAGCUUUGGCUUCUUGUUAGGAGUGGCUAGUGGAUUGGAAACAUUAUGUGGACAAGCAUAUGGUGCAAAACAGUAUCAAAUGAUGGGUAUUUAUUUACAAAGAUCAUGGAUUGUUUUAUUCUUUACAGCAAUUCUGUUGUUGCCCUUGUUUAUAUUUGCUGAUCCAUUGUUGAGAUUACUAGGACAGAGUAAUGAGGUUGCAGAAAAGGCUGGAAUCGUAUCAAUUUGGUUAAUUCCACUUCAUUUUUCAUUUGCAUUUCAAUUCCCAUUACAGAGAUUUUUACAAUGUCAGCUCAAGAAUGCUGUUAUUGCUUGGGUUGCCGGAUUUGCGCUUCUACUUCAUGUGUUUAUUAGUUGGUUGUUUGUGUAUACAUUCAAUGUGGGGUUGGUUGGUACUGCUAUUACGCUUGAUUUUUCAUGGUGGGUUACUGUUUUGGGAAUGUAUUUGUAUAUGGUUUGUGGUGGGUGCCCUCACACUUGGACUGGGUUUUCUAGUCAGGCGUUUUCGGGACUUUGGGAUUUUUUCAAAUUGUCAACUGCUUCUGGUAUCAUGUUAGGUUUGGAGAACUGGUACUACAGAAUUCUAAUCAUAGCUUCAGCAAGUCUGAGUAGCAGUCAAGUGGUAGUGAAUGCGCUAUCCAUCUGCAUAAGCAUUUAUGGAUGGGAGUCCAUGAUCACACUUGGGUUCUUUGCAGCAUCAGGGGUACGAGUAGCAUGUGAGCUAGGAGCAGGAAAUGGGAAAGCUGCCAAAUUUGCGAUGAAAGUGUCGUUGGUGACGUCCAUUGCCGUGGGAUUCUUCUUUUGGUUGAUAAUUAUGGUUUUCAACAAAAACUUAGCUAUGAUAUUUACUUCUACUGCAACUGUUGUUGGUGCUGUAAAUGAAUUUGCUGCUUUUCUGGCCUUCACCGUUCUCCUCAAUUGCAUCCAGCCAGUUCUCUCUGGGGUGGCUGUUGGAUCUGGAUGGCAAUCCAGUGUAGCAUACAUAAACGUAGUUUCCUAUUACAUCAUUGGGACCCCUCUAGGAUUUUUCUUGGCAUGGUCACUACAUCUUGGCAUUAAGGGUUUAUGGGCUGGAUUGCUCACUGGAACCGUUGUACAAACUGUGAUAUUGAUCUUCAUCACUAUCAGAUGUGAUUGGGAAAAACAGGCUCUGGAAACCAGCAUUAGCCUGUACAAAUUAAGGAGUCUCAAACAAUAGAUCCCUGCGGAAAAACAGCCUUUACAUUGUUUCUUAUCUUUUGUUUGUGCAAUCAUGCCAGGUAACUCAAAAUGUGAUUAUACUCGUAUAGUUAUUAUUGGUUUGUAAAGCUGAAUCCUAUGUUUCCACUAUAAACUUGGUUUUUUCUUUGUAA